GCCGAGGCAGAAUGAUACGUGACUUGAGGCAUAGUCUGCUGUCAGUGAAGUGAGACUCUGGAGGUUGGCUUACAGUAACUUAACAGUAAAGUUAUUUUAUCGUUGUAGCGAUCUUGAAAACAGACGGCUUUUCUCAAAAUGUCAUUUUGUUCAUUUAAAGGAGGCGAAGUUUUUAAAGACCACUUUAAACCCGGUAUGUAUGCGUGUUCGAAAUGUGGACACCAGCUGUUCAGUAGCAGGUCCAAAUUCGAGCACUCUACCCCGUGGCCGGCCUUCUCCGAGACCAUCCGUGAGGACAGCGUGUCCAAAAAAGAGGAGAAAUGGGGAGCUUACAAGCCUAGGUGUGCUGAGUUACAGGUGUCCUGUGGCAAGUGUGGGAAUGGACUUGGCCAUGAGUUCCUAAAUGAUGGGCCGAAAAGAGGAAUGUCCCGCUUCUGAAUAUUCAGCAGCUCGCUGAAGUUCAUCCCUAAAGACAAAGUGGACGGACAGUAAAGCGAGACGGUCUCCCCAGGAGGGUCGGCGUGCGGAAGGAAUGUGUUGCCCGGUGACGGGCGGGGAGCUUAAUGAUGUGAUCUGGAGAAAGCCCUGGAAUUGGGCGUCCACGGCACGGAUGUUCAACACGCUCCCGCCAGGAAACCGAGCUGUAUCAGAGCAGAGCCGCUUUUAUUUUCACACCGCAAACACGCGUGCACCUAUAAACACACACACUGCGUCUGGCGCUGUGCUCAACGCUCAGGUUAAUUAUUGGCUUAUAUUCUGUAUCAUUGAAACCAAACAAAAUGAUUAAAAGGGGUCUGAUUUCUUUAUUUCUUUCUCUUACACAAAUAAAUUAAGCAAUAAAGAUAAUUUUAAUUAAGGUAAUUAUGAGUGGGGUUGCAUUUACACUUUUACACUCACUAUUAUUGAGCUGAUUAUCAGUCACUUUGUGUGGUGAUUUGGCCAUUGGAUAUUAUAUAUUGGUACACUCAAGCCAAGGCAAGGUAGAUGCGGAAUACGUAAUGGUCCUUUGAGUGCUUAACCAAAGCCUAUUUUUAGUUAUUUAAUAUAAUGUCUUCACAAGAAAUGUAAAUACUGUCUGUUUAAAUACAUUAACUGUACUGGAAGAAGCCAUUUUGUAAAUUAAAUUAUCAAUCAAUCAG